CUUUGCUUCGUCCGCCGGUACCGCCACCAACUGUCAACAACAGGCAGGCACCGGACCAACACAAGGAUCUGGUGCAGAAGAAUGUUUUCGUUUUGGACCAUUUUUCCUCGAUUGUCCCUCGAAUAUUUUAGCAUUGCUUUAUAAUUUAUUAUAAUUAGAAGUGCUCAGUAAAUAGAUCAAAAUGCCAGCGACGACAACCCCACGAACUUCCUGCGAAUGGAUUUCAAGGACAAGAGACAGACUUCAGGAAAAUGUGAAAAAACAACUACCCUCAGAGGAAAUUUUAGAUCAUCCAUUAAAGCCUUUAGUGGUCACGAUGUCAGAAACACGCAUAGUAAAGUUGCGAACUGUUGGAGGAAGUACAACUAGUAGUACAAGAUCAUCAACUCCAACUCCAACACAGAGCUCUUUAGCAUAUUCCAUGGAUCCUCUUGGUGCCUUAGAAGGAAGUGAUCCCUUAAGUCAACUAGCUAACCAGCAAAAGAUGGAUCCAUUAUCAGCAAUGGCUGCAGAAUCUUGGGUUGAACCAGUCGAGGGCAAAAGAGGCAAGGAGAAUGUUACUGCCAGUGCUGGGAUGGAUGAUGGCUUUCAAGAAUCUUGGGCAUCUAGAAAAGCUGGAAUUCUAUGCAAAUUUACUACAUCUGAAAAACUAUCCAUUGUUACCAGUUUCUUGUCAGGGGGAGAAAAGGUGGUAGUAAAGGCCCAAAGCUCAGUUGUUGAUAAAGUCAGAACUCGCCUGGAACAAUUGGAUGACUUCGAAGAGGGUUCUGUUCGUCAGAUGUUGGAUUUGUCACAACAAGAAUAUAUGGGUCGAAUAGAACAACUGAAUUCUGAAUUGGUUCAAGCAUGGCACCAAGAUCAAAGAGUUAAGGCUUUAAAAAUUGCCAUACAGUGCUCAAAACUACUAGUGGACACAUCUGUGAUUCAAUUCUACCCAAGCAAGUUUGUUCUCAUCUCUGAUAUUCUUGAUAUAUUUGGGAAACUAGUGUAUGAACGCCUCAGAACAAAAUCAGAUUAUUGUGCACCAGGAAGCAAAGUUCCCACUCCUUUACCAGAAAAUUUCACUCCAGAUAUGGUUCCUGAAUCUGCAAAAGAAACAUGUCGUAACUGGUUUUACAAAAUUGCUUCAAUUCGUGAACUGGUUCCCCGUUUGUAUGUUGAAAUGGCUAUCUUAAAGUCCUACAGUUUCUUGACAUCAGGCGAGUUCUCACAAGGCCUACUUAGGCUGACUCGAAUGAUUAGAGGAAUUGGCGACCCUCUAGUUGCUGUUUAUGCCCGAUGCUACUUGUGUCGUGUAGGAUUAAGUAUCAACUCCAGUGACCGAGUGUAUUUACGUGAAAAUUUUUAUGACUUUCUUUCAAUUUACAACCAAUUGUUUUCCCCUUCUGUCCGUAUGGAUUUGACUUUUCAAAAGGUUGAUCUGUCAACAUAUCUUACUCUGUACACACCAGCAUUGGAUUAUAUCUUGCAAAGUGUAGCACAUGAUGCAACAGAAAAGACUCUUGCAGAUAUCCUUGAUAGAUGUAAGCAGAAAUGCAACAGUGCAUUGCUCUUCAAUACCAUUAUGGCAGCUUUCAAACCAGCAUAUAUUGCUGCUCGAGCUACACAAUUUGUUGAGCUGUUGACGUCCUGUGAUGAGGAAGGAUUUCCAAAAUAUCUUCUCUUCAGGACCCUAGGACUAUGUCUUACUUUGGCUGAUCCACCAACAGAGUAUUGCCUCCAAAUACUAAAUGAUGUUUGGAAAAUUGUUUCCAAGCUUACUGAUCCUGCUCAAUAUAUUUGUUGUGCCGAAGUUUGGGUCCAAUAUGUGGCCAAACACUUAUCCACUAGAGAAGUUAAUACUUUUCUUGGUGAUAUUAUCAAGCACAUGAGUGUUGGCCGGGCCUAUGAAAGCCAUUAUUCUUCUCUACAAACUGUUAUGGAACGUGUACUUUCUCAUGCAAAUGACUUUGAAACUCUUCUUACUAUGGAUAAGUUUUUGCCUAUGCUUGAUAUUUUUCAAAAAGAAAGUGUUAAAGUUGAUGUCUGCAAAAGCAUAAUGUCACAUUAUACCAAGCAUUACCAAUACCAAACCACAAAUGAUCCUGUUAUUACAAAUGCUCUUAUGUUCAUCUGUCGAGUGAUGCAUGAUUCAGUAAACGCAUUGACUGUUGAAGAUGAAAAAAGACAAAUUGGUAAUUUGAUCUGCAAUUUUGUGAAAAGAGUUGAUUUUGGAAGAGAUUUUGAACAACAGCUGUCAUUCUAUGUGGAAGCUAGAGCAUCAUUUACCAAUCUAGAUGUUAUUCAUGCUCAGUUAGUGCAGAGUGUAAACAGACUUGCUGUUGACACCAGAUGUAUAGUGAAGGGUCACCAUACAAGAAAGACGGCUUCAUUUGUUCACGCCUGUGCUGCGUAUUGCUAUAUCACAAUACCCUCCAUUUCAUCAGUUUUGAUGAAACUAGAGUUAUAUCUUUUGUCUGGCCAGGUGGCACUCCUAAACCAAUGUCUAGGGCAAGCGGAUGCUUGCCUGAAAGCAGCUUUGAGUCUGAUUGCUGAUGUGCCAAAAAUUAUUGAAAUUGAUGGUAAACAGAAGAGCUCUGAGCCAUACAUAGUCUCAUACAUUUGUAAUUUUUUAUCAACUCUACUGAUUGUGCCGGACAGUCCUGAACAAGGAGUAUUAUAUCUUACCAGAGGGUUACUGAAUGUUAUCCAAAACUACAGUUGGGAUCCACAGAGUGCUGGUCGUGCAACUGUAUACCUUUAUGUACUGGACAUGCUGUCUACUGCUGCACAAGAAUCCUACCCGUACCAUAUCGAUAUGGUGGAUUCAAAUGAUGUUCUUUAUGGAUCUGAUCCGAAGUUCAUUGCUGAAUUGAACAGGAUGUGUUCUGUUGUUGUGGAAGAAAUUUUGAGCCAUCUUCAGUAUCUAGGAAAAAACGAACUUUUCUCCAAACAGUCCUCUUUGGCACUAGAUCUUCUCAUUCGAAUUGCUACUAAAGCAGAUUUGUCUAAGCCAGAUUUAGCUACUCUUGCCUUAAAUUUGUGGAAUCUUUCUCAAAAACAUGGAUGCUUAGAUGUGAAGUUAGCUGUUCGCACAACAGAGUACUUAAAGAAAAAGUUCUCUGGUUGCAAUCAAGAAUAUUAUGCAGAAUUUAUAUCAAGGCUGAAAAUUAAAUCCCAAGUGAAAUAAAUAGCUUUUUAACCAAACAAAGAUGUCCAAUCAAGAAGCAAUAAUAAUUACUUUUUACUUAUCUACUGUAAUUACUAUAUUCAAUCACCAUAUUAAUCAGCUCAAUUUUGUUUUGUAAACAAUUUUUAAGUGAGCAAAUUUUGUUUUAUGUCCCUUUGUUGUGUUUUCAUGUGUCACAUGCAAUGUAUAUCACAAGUUUUAUUCCUGAAAUGUGUUAUUUAAUUUUAAGUUUUUGUACCUAGUAAUUCUAGUAUUUGGGAAACUGCACCUAAUUCAUGAAGAGCUGGUCUCUGCUGCUAAGUGCAAUAUUGUUAUCUAAGAUCUUGUAUGACUUUUCCUCCCAAUUUACUGACCAUGCAUUUUUGUGCCAUUGUUAUAUUGUUAUUAUUCCUAAAAAGGAUACAAUAAUUUGGGAACAAAUAAUUCUACCGUGUCUCUGUUAACAACUAAUGUGUUGCUGUUUGUUGUACUCUUUUUUAUAUGAUCUGUUAUAUCUUUGGGGAGCUAGAGAAUAAGUCUGAAGUCAGAUAGGUUAGAAAAUACAAAUUUUUGAGUCAUUACAUGUAAUAUGGUAAAAAAAUAUAUUCACAUAGGUAAUCUAUCUAUA